GGGCACCGGCGGCGUACGCGUCAGGGGGCGAGAGCGAGGCUUUGGCGCAUGCGCAGCGUAGAUCCUCCCAGCAACCUCCAGCGCAAGAUGGCGCUGACCGAGUCUCUGCCGCUGGCCGUCUGAAGGAACGCCAAGUGUCUGUAUCCGCCGUCGCGUUGCAGCUCCGCGAAAAAACAGGCUGAGCCCCGGCGAAUGCGAUGGCCGCUGUGGUGGCCAAGCGGGAAGGGCCGCCGUUCAUCAGCGAGGCAGCUGUGCGAGGCAACGCCGCCGUCCUGGAUUACUGCCGGACCUCAGUGUCAGCGCUGUCGGGGGCCACGGCCGGCAUCCUCGGCCUCACCGGCCUCUACGGCUUCAUCUUCUACUUGCUUGCCUCCAUCCUGCUCUCCCUGCUCUUAAUUCUCAAAGCGGGAAGGAGGUGGAACAAAUACUUUAAAUCACGAAGACCCCUCUUUACAGGAGGUCUCAUCGGAGGCCUCUUCACCUACGUCCUGUUCUGGACGUUCCUCUAUGGCAUGGUGCACGUCUACUGAAUGGGGACAGGGAUGACUUUUUAAAAAAAAAAAAAAAAAAAAAAAAAACACAGAUUGGGAGGACUGUCGCCAGAAAUUAACACCGUGUAAACUUAGUUUUUAAGUUGUUGAAUUCGCUGCUUGUUCUGUAACGUUGUAAUUUAUAUCUGAAGACGAAGAGCCUGUAAUAUUCUUCAGAUUAAAUGAAGCGUGAGACACUC